AUUGGUCAGAAUAAAAGACACUUUAAAAAGACCGGAAAUCUCAAAUAUACCCUUUGUCCGCGAGAUCAUUUAUGUAUGACGUUGGAGCGGCUUAAUUGUUGAUUGCUUUGCUCAGGGUUGGUUUGACCUUGAGUGUAAAAACUGUGAAUAAAACCAAAGUUGAAGGCAUUUUCAUGUUCAAACGUUUAUAUUGAAUACAGAGACGUUAAAACAGUCGCUCGCUGGGUUAUGUCUAAAUUUCGACAGGGUAUAUUCAUACAAAGCACAGGUUGUCGGGCGGACUAUAAUGAAACUCCUGCAGUCGUGGACAUGUGAAGUGCUCUGAUAUUGUAUAUAUCGUUUCAAUUAUCACUUUGGAUUGAUUCAAUCACGUCGGCAAGAUGUGGUUUCCGUUGGCAAGAUGCGACCAAUUUAUCCUGAUUCUUUUGUAUCUGACUUGUUGGUUUGUUUGUGAAGGUACCGGGAAAUUCUUCAAGGACAACGAUCAAGAACCAGAAAUAGUUUACGCCGUAGAAGGCGCUCGCUACAUCAGACUAACGUGCUCUGUGAAACUCGAUUCUGCCAAAAAUCGUUGGUAUAAAGAUGGCCAGUUGAUCAAAGCCCAGCUGAAGAAAUAUUGGGUCAAGAAAAACAAAUAUUUGAAGAUUGCGAACAUCACAAAAAGUGACCAAGGAAUUUACGUUUGUCAGGCUUUCUUAGACAAAGAAUUUGAAAAUAAAACGAUUUAUUUGGAUGUUAUCGAAAACUCAUCGGGAACUGGAAUUAAGCCAUAUUUCACCAAUCUCGAUGAAAUGGAAAAGAAAAGGGAGGUAGAAUACGAUGAGCAGAAUAAACCAACAUUUUCUUGCAAGGCUCGUGGUUCUCCCAUGCCUGACGUAAUGUGGUUCAAAAACGACGAGAUCGUUCAGCACAAGUCGGGCGAAAUAUCAUCGAAAAACUUCGUUUAUAAAGUAAAAUCACCAGAUGUCGGUGACCCAAUCAAGUACAAGUGCCUUGUGUGGAAUAAAGUUGGAAACAUUAGUUUUGAAUUCACUUUGAAAGUGCCAAAAACGAAAAUACGCUCGGCGCCAAUUAUCCAGCAGAUUGGUAACCAAACAGCCGUGGUGGGAACCCAAUUCAAAGUCAGAUGCGAUGCGUUGGCACACCAACAACCUCGUUUUAAAUUACAGCACAUUUCAUCCAAUGGUAGCGUUGUUCCCGUAAAGAUUGGAGGAAGGAUCAAGAUGGGACCAAUAGUUAAUGCAACGGGCACUGAUGUGCACUGGUAUUCUGUCACGUGGACAUUCGAGAAUGUCUCAUUCUCGGACCAGAAGACCUAUGCCUGCACAGCAGAAAAUUUUAUCAAGGAGAAAAGAGAGUAUUUUUCCCUCACAGUCAAACGUAAAGAAUAUCCCACGAGCGACUCAACAACCGAUUACCGCGUCAAUCGUGGCCAAGAAAGGGCGGUCGAUAUUACAAUAAUCGCCGUAGUCAGCAGCUUAGGGUUUGCCAUUGUACUUGUGAUAGUCGUAUGUGCGAUGUGUCUGAGAAGGCGUCGACGAACGAGGGGCGCACGGUUCGUUCCGAGUAAAGACGACAUUUAUAUCGUUGAUGAUGUUCCUGAAGUAAACAACCAUCCAAUUGUUAGGAAAUUUCGAACGCGUUUUAGCUCAAAUCUUUCCCAGGCAAGUGAAAUUCCGUAUGAUGAUGACUGGGAUAUUUCUCGGGAAAAUGUUCGUCUUCUUGGGACAAUAGGAGAAGGUGCGUUUGGAACAGUUUUAAAAGCUGAAGCAUAUAUUCAAAGAUUGGGAGCUGCACGUCUCACAGUAGCUGUAAAAACCUUGAAAGACGAUGCAACAGACGUGGAGUUUGCAGAUCUUGUUUCAGAACUGGAGGUGAUGAAGAAAAUUGGACCCCAUAAAAACAUCAUUAACCUUAUUGGAUGUUGUACGCAAAAUGGUCCAUUGUUAGUGAUUGUGGAGUACGCCCCACAUGGAAACCUUCGUGAGUAUUUGCGGGAACGCAGACCACAGCGAGAGGAAAUGAUUCCAGCACCUCAGGCGGAGGACAUCCUGUCACUGCGUGAUUUUAUAUCGUUCUCAUAUCAGGUCGCGCGAGGAAUGGAGUAUCUAGCUUCGAUGAGGUGCAUUCACCGAGAUCUCGCAGCGAGAAAUGUUUUGGUCGGCGACGAUAAAAUAAUGAAAAUCGCUGACUUUGGUUUGGCAAGAGAUAUUCACAAGAUUGACUAUUACAGAAAGACCACAGAUGGUCGUUUGCCAGUAAAAUGGAUGGCGCUUGAAGCUUUAUUUGAUCGUGUUUAUACCACGCAAAGCGACGUUUGGGCCUUUGGUGUUCUGGCAUGGGAAAUUUUUACAUUUGGUGGAACGCCAUAUCCCAGCGUUCCUUUGGAAAAAUUAUUCGAACUUCUGAAAUCUGGUUAUCGAAUGGAAAGACCUGUCAAUUGCCCACCAGAACUAUAUGACUUGUUGUUACGUUGUUGGUUAGAGGAACCUGGAUGUCGACCAAACUUCACAGAAAUAGUCAGAGAGUUGAAUGAGGUGUUGGAAGGCAUGACUACCGAGGAAUACGUCGAUAUAGAAGCUCCGCUAUUGAGUCCCAUGACACCUCGCACGCUCUCGGAGUCUGGGCCUAAUCACGGUCUGAACUCUGUACGAACAUAUUUCGGAAACGAAGUCUUCGCAAGCGACGAAAACGAUGCUGAUGACGACGAGGAGGGACUUUUGAGCGAAGAUUGCGAGUCAGACAAAAUAUUUGAAGAAAAAAGCAGCGAUAGCGGCCUCGUGGAAUCCGAAGGCAAUUCCGAAGAAGGCACGAAAGUCGAGGACGAGAAUUCGAUCUUGCUCGUGGACGGUUCGGAAAAGCCCGUCAAGUUCAGAGUCCGCAAAGAAAGCCAUGUUUAAACAGAGGCAGGAAAGUGCAUAGGUCGUGGCAGACGGCUUGAUACAGAGACGCCCAUGAGACAGAGAAGUCCGUUCCCUUCAGGCAGUCGGGUAGAGGGACCUUGGGUGAAAUUAAUGACAUAGUUACGUGUCCCUAAGAGGGUUUGCGGCUAGACGCAAAUGGUUACCAAGAUACACAAACAGCCUCAUUGGUACAACAACGAACGGAAAACCUGUACAUUGAACAUUACUGAUUAAUAAGUAUCCAUAAAUUGUAAAUUAACUAAUAUAUAUUUUUUAUUAUCAAUUGAUUAAUAUUGAUUUUUACAAUAAAACUAU